CACUGUGGCCUGAAGGAGUGUGAAGGAGCUGGGUUGCCAGGGCAACGCGGGAGACGCGCGCGGAGUCGUUAACGAACACCGCCGGCAGGGGGCGCGCGCCCGGAAAAAGAGAAGAAGGAGGAAAAGGAGGAGCAGGGCGCCCCCGUCGUGGGGCGGGAGAGGGGCAUGCGGCCCCCGGCGCCUUCCUCCUCCUCCCCGGAGAAGCCAUGGCUGCGCCGCCCCUGCUCCCAGCCACGGGCCCACCGCCCUUCCAGUUCCGCCCGCGGCGCGAGAGCCCCGACUGGCGGCGGCUGAGCGCGGUGGACGUGGAGCGCCUGGCGGCGGAGCUGGACCUGGCGGCGCUGCAGGAGCACCUGGGCCACGUGACCUUCUGCUCGGCCGAGCGCGAGCGCUGCCCGCACUGCGGGGCCCCGCUGGACCCGCUCCUGCUGCGCCUCCUGCGCCUGGCCCAGCUCGGCCUCGAGUACCUGCUCCACUCCCAGGACUGGCUGGCCGCCCAGCUCCGCCUCGCCCGCGCGCGCGCAGACCGCCUCGACCAGGACCUGGCCCGCGCCGCCCAGCAGGCGCGCGCCCUCAAGGAGGAGGGCCGGCGCAGGAAGAGGGCCCUGGCCGCCCUCCAGCAGGCCCUCGCCCACGCCGCAGGCCCCGCACACCCACACCCCCACCAGUGCCAAUUUUGUGACAAAGCUUUUAUGAACUCUUCCUUCCUGCACAGUCAUUUGCAGCGUCGCCAUUCAGCAGAACCACAGUUUGAUCAGAAGCAAAAAGAACAAACGGAUAGAUUACAGGAGGAGAUCAACAAGCUGAAGGAGCAGUUACAGCUCACCAAGUCUCAGUUAGAAACAGAGCAGCAUGCUCAUAUGGCCAAAUUGUCUAAGGAAUAUGAAGAACACAGAUCCAAAGAGGAGGAGAUUCUGCAGUUAUUUCACAAAUGGAAAGAAGAAGAAAAAGAAAAAUUGUCCAGUGAACUAGAGAAGGUGAAAGAGAUGUUUAUGAAGGAGUUUAAAGAGUUAACAGCCAAGAAUACAGAAUUAGAAAAUCACCUGCUCGAAGUGCAAACGUCCAACAAACACUUGAAAUCCAAUUUAGGCACAUUAAAGGACAGCUUUGAAUUUACAGAAGAGAAACAUCAGAAUGCUGUAGAUCAUGAGAACAUAAUGCAGCUUCUUGAGAGACAGGAAACUAAGUGGACUUCUAAAGUACAGACUCUUCAAGAAGCACAUGAAACUGAAAAACAACAGCUUACGUCACAAAUUGAGAAGCUCAAAACAUCCAUGACCGAGGAACUCAAUGCAAGCAACCUGUUUUAUAAAAAAAGGAUCGAAGAAUUAGGACAGAGACUUCAAGAGCAGAAUGAUCUAAUUAUUGCACAGAAAUAUCAGAUACAAAAACUGUCUACCAAAAAAUCAGUUGAAAGCAUCAAAUUAUCUGAUGUGAAACCUUCUGAAGAGAAUAUUAUUCAGCCUAAACAGAGUUUGUCAUCCAUGCGUGAACAGGCCCCUUUGGUGCACAUGCUGGAGCCCAUAGAGGAGCUUCCAGAGGAUGAAAAAGAAACGGAGAAAAGUUCACCCAAAGUAGGAAAAAGUAAGUGCCAUAUAAUACAUAGUCUGAAGAGCAAUCCUUCUUUAACAAGAGAGCUGAGAGCGGUUUUGGAGCAGACCCUGGCAGAGAAAUUGGAAUCCUUGGGCAUCAAAUCAGGAGUUCAUGGCAUCCCAAGUGAUCACUUGAAUAGAGUCCUCAUGUCUGUUGAGUCUGCAAGAGAGGAAAGAAAGAAACAGGUUCCUGAUAUUCAGCAUAUACGAGAGCAGCUUGAACGGCAAGUCAGCUUUAGAGUUGCAGAAAGAGCAUCUUGCAGCAGGUUUUUGUCCAGCCCUCAGCUUUCUCCAGAAGUUCAGCAGAGGGCAGCUCAUGUUCGAGGUUCCGUUUCAACAACCCAACCCAAGGCAGCCAAACGUUCCUCCAUUGCUAAACGCCCUUGUGUACCGCGACAAAUCCCUGCCGAGAACACAUCCACACCAAAGAACAAGAGGAGUGCAGUGGGGGAUGAAAUUCCGAAGAGGUUGCAGAGUGUUACAACCCCUCCAUUUAGCUCUGAGGAGGAACUGAAAGAGGAUGAUAUCAUGCAGUCCUAUAUCUCCCCUGAACUCUCUCGGCGCAAAGCAGCCAAGAGUAACAGCAAGGGCAGCUUGUUAAAGUUUGCAGGCCGAGAUGACAUAAGCUCAUCUGAAGAAGAUGAGGUGGAAGAAAACAAACCAGAUCUCCAAUCUUCAAAAAAUAUGCCUGUCCAGAAAGGAACUGACCAAGCUGAAAAGUUGCCUUUGAGCCAAGGAAAAGUAUGCAAACCUCUUGAAGGAAUUAGUGUUGACCCAGUGCCUAUUCAAAAGGGUACCCAAGGAGUAAAGUUUACUGGAGUUGAGGAUGAUGAUGAGGAUGAGGAUGACUGGGAUAUAUCAUCUUGGGAGGAUGAAAAACCGUCACCAGCAAAAGAUCGGAAAAUGAAAGACGUGCCUGGCCUUGAAAAAAAUGAGUCCAAUUCUCCAUCCACACCCCAUGCCUGGGGAGGUCUUGUGGGAAAACCAACCAAGGACGAAGGUCUUCAAGAUGCAGAUCAAAGUAUGUUAAAAAGCAGCUUGGUCAGUGUAACAGACUGGAGCGACUCUUCCGAUAUCUGAUUCUUCUCUCAGAAGGGAAGUUUUUAUCUACAGCAAUCCAAUUUCUGUUCUUUUUUUCUGGUAUGUUUAACAAGGAACUUUUGUUUACAAAAACUCUGGUGUCUCUGUUCCCUUUGAUUUAAUAUAGGGCUGUUUACAUAUUUCUACAUCAUUCUGCACUUUUAGAGAAGAGGUUAUUAAUAAACAGUAUUAACUGAUUUGGUUAUUUUAAGUAAUUGCAAGAAAUCUAUUUUUUUAAGAAUGUUUGUAUUGAACUUUGCAAAAAGUGAGAACUUAUUAAACAAAUGAUCUAUUUUCUUUCAAA